UUUUCUUUCCGUUGCCCCCUCCUUCCCUCCCCCUCUCCACCCCCGUCGGCCCGGGCGGAACGAAAAGGCCACGCACGCACGCACGGCUAGGGUUUAUCCAGCCACCCGCCGCCGCCGCCGCCCCCGCCCCCGCCCGCCGCUCCCCGCUCCCCGCGUAGGGCUUACCCGCCCUCUACAUACCACGCGGGCGAUGGACGCGGCGGCGCUCGACGACGUGAUCCGGCGGCUCCUGGAGGCGCGCGGCGGGCGGACGGUGCGCCCCGUGCAGCUCUCCGACGCGGAGAUCCGCCGCCUCUGCACCUCCGCCAAGGACGUCUUCCUCAGCCAGCCCAACCUCCUCGAGCUCGAGGCCCCCAUCAAAGUCUGCGGGGACAUCCAUGGCCAAUAUUCUGAUCUUCUUCGAUUAUUCGAGUAUGGUGGGUUCCCACCGGAGGCGAACUACUUGUUUCUGGGUGACUAUGUUGAUCGUGGCAAACAGAGUAUUGAAACAAUAUGCCUUCUCCUUGCUUACAAGAUUAAGUACCCGGAGAACUUCUUUCUCCUUAGGGGAAACCAUGAAUGUGCCUCUAUCAACAGAAUCUAUGGAUUCUUUGAUGAAUGCAAGAGGAGGUUUAAUGUUCGUCUCUGGAAGGUUUUUACUGACUGUUUCAACUGCCUCCCUGUGGCUGCACUUAUUGAUGACAAGAUCUUGUGCAUGCAUGGGGGUUUAUCGCCUGAUUUAAAGAACAUGGACCAGAUACGUAACAUUGCCCGUCCUGUGGAUAUUCCGGACCAUGGUCUCCUCUGUGAUCUGCUAUGGUCAGACCCUGAUAAAGAUGUUGAUGGCUGGGGUGAGAAUGACAGGGGCGUGUCAUACACUUUCGGAGCUGAUAAGGUUGCAGAGUUCCUUGAGAAACAUGAUCUAGAUUUGGUCUGCAGGGCUCACCAGGUGGUGGAGGAUGGAUAUGAAUUCUUUGCAAAGCGUCAGCUCGUAACCAUAUUCUCUGCACCCAACUAUUGUGGCGAGUUCGACAAUGCUGGUGCCAUGAUGAGCAUAGAUGAUUCACUAACAUGCUCAUUCCAGAUCCUUAAACCUUCUGAAAAGAAAGGGAAAGCUGGAACAGGCAACUCAAAACCUGGAACACCGCCUAGGAAGAUAAAGAUUAAUAUUAUUUAGGCAGACCCUUCGGGUACGAAAUGAGUUAUUGUGAUGGAGCACACCCCCAAAAACUUGUUAUGAAGGUGCGCCGAACAACGUGUUGAAAGUGGCAGCAUGCAUGCUGUUGUUUUUUCGUGGUCCGAAGCAGAUCUGUCCUGCCAUUCUGGAAAGAUCGGAGCAGGAAACAUAACUGGGAAUUUUGUGUGUGGAUUUCUUAUUCCUUUUGUUGACUCUGCUAUGCAUGGCAAAGUGUUUAAGCACUGGAGGCGUCAGGAACCUCAUCCUGCUGUGGAGAUUGCCAAUGCUGAAUGUAGAUUCUGUUAUGUUAUGUACGAUGUUUUAUUAUCUGUAAAGCUUGUCUCUGCAAAUGACUGGCUAGCUUUAGUGAAUGUGUUUUGCUGAUGCUGAUGGUAGAGAAUGACUGAUAAGUAUUUAAUACCAAGUCUGCGGAGGGUUGCGGUA